AUUGCUUUAAAUUCUUCAUGCAGACAAAUUUACCAGGAAACUUUUUCGAGAAAAAUUUCUCGUGAGGCUUCGCAGCCUGGGAUCACUCAUGAAACCUGCAGUUGGAAGGAUCAACAAGCGAGCACUCUGGUCAUUUGUUGGAGGGAUUCUCGUCAUAUUCUUCCUGCUUUGGUUUCACUGCAUUCCGAGGUCUUGGCAAGUAGGAAUCCAUCUUUACGAGCUUUGGGAGUUGGAUUUUACAAUUCUUCCUGCUUUGCUUCCUGUAGGUCGAAACUAGAGACGUCGAUCCAACGAUUUGAAGACGUGAAGAUCUUCUGCUUGGUACUGACGCAGCCGGCCCGUAAGAAAUCUCAUGCCAUCCCACUGAAGAAGACCUGGGGAAGGAAAUGCACCCAGCUCCUCUUCGUCAGCACCGAACGAGACGAAGAAUUGCCUUCGAUCGAGGUGAUUAAAAACGAGGAAAGUCGCUCCAUCAUUUGGCACAAAACCCGCAACGCCUGGCAGUACGUCCACGACCACCAUCGAGAUGGUUUUGACUGGUAUUUUAAAGUCGACGACGAUGCGUACGUGGUGAUGGAGAACCUGAGGUCCCUCUUGGCUUCCAAAAACAAGGAGGAUCCCAUUGCAUUCGGACACAAGUACAAGCGCCCCAACGGCGCAUAUUUCGCUGGUGGAUCAGGUUACGUGAUGAGUCGUUCAGCCAUGAUCCGGUUCGUGACACUUGGGCUUCCUAUGAAAAACACUAGCUGUCCGGCAACAAGUAGUGAAAAUGAAGACUGGAGAAUGGGUGAAUGCCUGGAGAGCGUGGGGGUGACCUUAGGCGACGACCGAGAUUCGGAGGGCCGCUCUCGCUUCUUCCCAUUGGGAGUGGAAGGUCACAUCACCUACGCUGACGAUCCAGGCGUUGCCCCGUGGUUCGAGAAUUACACCUACUAUCCCGCCAAGCCGGGAUUUCAGUGCUGUUCCCCAACAGGCAUCUCCACCCACUACAUCACUGGCCUCGAUAUGUACGCGUUUGAGUAUGCCAUCUACCAUCUCCGGAUCUCCGGCAUGGAUUACCCCUACUCAUCCUCCCUAGAGUGAAUGUACGAGUGGAAUGUGAAUCCAAUUUACGUCUUCUAAUCCUACAUAAAUGUUAUGAC